AUGAUAAAAAAGGAGAAGGAGAAAAAUGGGUUUGAAUGUAUUGAAAUGGAUGAAAUAAAAAAUGUAAAUGAAAAAGUGGUUGAUGUAAAUUCAGAUGAGGAGAACGUUAGUUUAAACGACCUAAGUGAGUACUCGCCUGGUCAGAUAAGUAAACAUUCAUUAAUAGAUGAAGAUAAUAUAAUUGUUAGAAAACUAUAUGAAAGUAUGAAUAAUGUAAAUGAUAAUUUAAAAAAUAAUGAAAUCAACUGGUUUGAUGAUAACGAUAUAGAUGAUGAAAAAUGUAACUCAUUAAAUGUAGAAGAGAAAUUUUCCAACUUAUUAAUAGGGAAUAACUCCUCACCCCCUUGGCCUAAUCCAAAUAUCAACGUAGUGAGUGAAAAUAAUGCAAAGCAUAAUAAUGCAAUGACUAGUAAUCAAAUGUUAAUCAGUGACAAAAGCAUUUGCAACAGUGAUGGUAACAGCGAUUGUAAUGAUGGAUAUAGCAGGGAAAAAAUUUAUGAGGAGGGAAUCCACAACAGCUGUCAUAGCUUUUGUCUUGAUGAAAGUAAUAACCAUGAUGCAUUGAAUGGAAAAAUGAAGCAUCUGUAUAAAAGCCAGAACACGUCAGGUAAAAAUAAUAAACACCUUAAAAAAGGAUGUAGCGAAAAAUCGAGCAAUAGUGAUGAGAUGGAGGAAGAGAAAAGAAAAGCCUACAAUUCAAUAGCAUAUUCGGGUAGCUAUUCGGGAGGAAAUUCUGGAGGGAAUUCGGGUAGUUAUAGAGGAAUUUAUUCGGACGAUAAUAACAUUGAUGCUGAUAGGAGAUCAAUGAAUAAAUCUAAGUUAUUCAGAAGUAAAAAAAAAAUUUCGUAUAAUCGGAAAAAGGGAAAUCGUGUAGACAAAAGAAGUGCAUUGGUAAAGGAACAUUUGAACGAUAGGAAUUGCAAAAAUGAUAAACGGAAGUUGUCAUAUAAUUGUAUAGAUCAUGAGGAAGAAAAGAAACAUUCUUCAUCUUUUGAAAAAAGAGAAAUAUUAUUAUCAUCAUCAUCAAAAAAAUUUUUUGAAAAGAAUAAAUGUACGAGUAUCAACAGUUUGGAGCAAACAGAUGGUAAUAAAACAAUGGAUAAUUUGGAACCAUUAAAUAGUAAUUAUAAUUACAAUAUUGAGGGGGUGAGUGUCCGUGCAUUAUGGACUCCUAAUGAAGUUAAUAUAAACAGUAACAGUGAAAUAGUUAGUAGUAAUGAUGAAAAAAGAAAAAAUGACUUGCUCAUAUUUUCGCCGAAUUGUAUUAAUUUGAAGAAUUAUUCCAUUUUGUCUGAUACGAAAGAACAUAAUCAUUAUGGUUAUCCAAAGGACAGCGUAAAUAAUAUGAACAAAAUUAUUAACAAUAUAGAAAAAUCGGUUGAAAAAAAAAGGAAAAAUAAAAAAAAGAUAAAAAAAAAAGAGCAGCAGAUGGUUAGUGCUAUGGAUAGUAGUAGUAGUAGUAGUAACAGUAACAGUAACAGUAACAGUAAUAGUAAUAGUAAUAGUAAUAGUAAUAGUAAUAGUAAUAGUAAUAGUAAUAGUAAUAGUAAUAGUAAUAUUAAUAUUAAUAUUAAUAGUAAGAGUAACAGUAAUAGGGAUAGUAACAGUGAUAGUGAUAGUAACAGUAAUAGUAGUAGUAAUAAUAAUAGUAGUAAUGAUGAUGGUGGUGGCUACAACUGUGACAGUAACAGAGGUAUAUAUGACCAAAAAAAAAAAAAAAAAAAUGAACAUAAUUGGGGAAGUGAAUGUGCUCAGCAGAGUGAAUAUGGACAACAAGAUGAAUAUAGUCAACAAAAUGUUUGUAGUGAAGAGGAAAAUAGACGUGCGUAUCCAGUGCAUAAUAAUCGUGCUAUCUCAUCCUCUAGAAUGCAACUAAUAGAUAAACACAAAAUAAGAAGAGCUAUACUUAAGCAUUCCCUUAAAAAUUACCACUCUUAUAAUUAUGCUUACAAAAAUGUGUCUUCAAUAAGUAACAAUUAUAGUAACAGUUAUAAUAAUGAUAAUGAUAAUGAUAAUAUUGAUAAUUAUUAUAAUAAUAAUCAUUUAAAUUUUUCCUUGAAAAAAAAAGCUUAUAGCACUAGUAAUAUUUAUGAUGUUAAUGCACCCAUAAGGAAAUGCCUUAAAACUUUCAAAGGGUUGAGUCCAAUGAGCAGUAAGAACAGUAGCGAUAAGCAGGGAGCUCAUGACCAUGGUAAACGGUGUAGAAUGGAUGAACCAGAUAGAGUGAGUGAGCAGGAUGGAGUAGACGAACCGGAUAGAGUAGACAAACCAAAUGAGGUGAGUAUACCGGGUGACGAUGAUGACAGCAGUGAUGAUGAUCCUUCCAGUAGUCGAAGUAAAAAUGAAAAGUGUAUUGACGUGAGCAGAAAGAGAAGUAAAAACAAUGAUGAUUAUGUAGAGGAAAAACAUACAGAGGAGGAAAAACGAAAUGCUCAGCAAAUUAGUCGUAAAAUUUUUGGUAAUAAAAAAAAUUAUAAAAAUGAAUUAAACGAAAAUAGUAAAAAAGGGCUGAAAGAAGAGAAAUUUAACCACUUGACACAUGAGGAAUAUUUUCAAGUGAGCCCUACUAAUAUCAGUGAUGUCAAUUUGAAAAAAUGCUAUUACGCCAUUUCUGAUUUGUGCAAAAUGGACGAAAUGAAGAAAGAACUGAGUGACAGUAACAUGUUGACGCCUGUGCAUGCAUCUGAUGCGUGCGCAAAUGAGGGAAACUAUGUGGGUAGAGACGGAAUACCAAGUGAAGUAACAACUGGAGGAGUAACAACUGGAGGAGCAACAACUGGAGGAGCAACAACUGGAGGAGCAACAACUGGUGGAGUAACAACUGGAGGAGCAACAACUGGAGGAGCAACAACUGGAGGGAUAGGUGACGAUGAGAAGAAUGACAACGAUCUGAAUAGCGGAGGGCAUGACAGGAACAAAAAAAAAUACAUAUUGCAGGAUAUAAUAGAGGGGAACAUACAUAAAAAAAGUGUAAUCAAUUUAUAUGAAGAUAAUUUUAAAGGUGUACCUACAAAACCUUUAGAGGACAAGACGAAAAAUGUUUAUAGGUUUUUAAGCAAAGAGGAGCAAUUAUGGGAAACCAAAAGAUUGAGAAGUGAAAAUUCGUACAGCGAUAUGAUGAUAAGUAAUGAUGUUAACAAGUUGAAGAAGGGUGUCAAAGAAGUUUUAUUGAAAAAUUCUGAAAGUGAAAAUAAAGACAGUAGAGAAGAUGGUAUUAAGAGCAGCAACGAAGGUGGUAUUAAGAGCAGCAACGAAGGUGGUAUUAAGAACAGCAACAAUGACGUUUAUAAGAGCAGUACUCGUAAUGCUAGCACCUAUGGAAGUAGUGUACGUACUGAUGAUGGAAAGAAGCAAAAGAAGGUAGGGCAAGAAAAGCAGGAUGAUAAGACAGAACAACGUGAAGAGAGAGAGAAACAUUUACUUCAGAAGGAGCAAGAGCAGGGAAAUGACAACCCUAAUGCAACGGUCAACCCAGUGGGUAAUAAAAUAAAGAGAAGAAUAAUAGACUGUAAAAACGAGAAACUAAAAUGGGGAACAACUCAAGUAAUUAUUGAUAUUGAUGACACUAUAAGGUCAAGUGGUGGUUAUAAAUUUUUUAAUUAUGCAUUAGGUGGAGUAGAUGCACAGUACCAUAGAGGAGAAACGUAUCCAGGUUCUUUCCAAUUCAUUUUUGAGUUAGCUAUGAAUAAACUUUCAGCUGAAUCGAAACCAUUACUAUUGUCUGUAUUAACAGCCAGAAUUCCUCAAGUACCUAUAACAGAAGAUUCUUUUUUAAAUAAAAAAUUUAACGAAGUAGCAGAAAGGAGGGGAAUAAAACAUUGGGGUAUAGAUUGUGAUAACAAAAUUUUAUAUUCAACUUUAAAAGAAUGGGUUUGGAAUGAAACAAGAGGAGAAAGGAAAUUUUUUAAUUUUAAGCAAUUGCAUAAGUAUGUAAUACAACAGAAUUCUGUUGUCAGAUAUAUAUGGAUAGGUGAUACAGGUGAUAUGGACAAGCAGGCAGGGGAAAUGAUGAUAAAAACAUAUCCACAAAGAAUUAAAGCUGUUUUUUUGCAUCAUGUAAAAGGAAAAGAUGAUAAUACAUUAUUACCAAGUGAUUAUUUUAUUAAAUCGGUUCCUAUAUUUUUCUUUAGGACUUAUAUUGGUGCUGCUACAAAAGCACAUGCAUAUAAUUUAAUUGAUAAAAAAGGAUUAACCAGAGUCUUAGUUCAGGCAGUUUUAGAUUUAGAAAAGAGUAAAGCACCUGCAAAUUCGUCCAAAUGGGAAGAUUUAAUUAAAGACAUUAUAUUAAGUGAUGCCAUUGAUGAAUUAGAUAAAUAUAAUGCCGAAACUGUAAAUAGAACCAAAAAAAUUAUAGCACAAAAAAUGAAGGAAAUUUCAGACAGAAAACUGCACUUUAUUAAUUAA